AGGGGUGGCGCGAGGGGCGGAGCACCGCUUCUGCAGAGGACCGAGACUGCUCUCGUCCUACAGAUCUGACUUCUAUCAAAAUGAGCGGCCUUGAUGAGGGCAACAGUCAUCCUACAGGUCUGACUUUUACCAAAAUGAGCGGCCUGGAUGAGGGCAACAACCUUCCCGUCGCUAAAACCUGCGGCUUUGCUACUGCUGAUCAUGCUCCGGGACAUCUGGACCCAAAUCAGUGCCAGAGCGAGGAAACCGAGGCGACACAAGUGAUGGCAGACACGGGUGAGGGCAGAUUGGAGACCCUCGCGGAGGGAGGUGCAUCCCGGGCGCCCUCGGGCUGUGGCCCUGUGCUCCGCAUUCGAGCGGGCCAGAAAGAGGCUCCGCCUCCUACAGAGAGCCUGGAGACAGCCUCUGCCUCCACCUCGGUGGCAACGGACAAUAGUCAGGAAAGUGGCUGUCAGCGUAGAGAGCCGAGCGGCCCUGCUGGGGAGAAAGCUCUAGAAGCCUGUGGCGCAGGGGGAUUGGGGUCUCAGAUGAUGCCUGGGGUGAAGGCCAAGGAAGUGACGACAAAAAAGUGCGCCAUUUCAGCGACAGAGGAUAAGGACGGCGUAGCAGAGAAGGCGGUAGAGGAAAAGAAGGUGAUACAGAAGGAGAAAAAGGUGGUAGGAGGAGUGAAAGAGGAGACACGGGCCAGGGGCCCGAAGAUCAAUAACUGCAUGGACUCUCUGGAGGCCAUUGAUCAGGAGCUGUCAAACGUAAAUGCCCAGGCAGACAGGGCCUUCCUUCAGUUGGAGCGCAAGUUUGGCCGGAUGCGAAGGCUCCAUAUGCAGCGCAGAAGUUUCAUUAUCCAAAAUAUCCCAGGUUUCUGGGUCACGGCUUUCAGGAAUCAUCCCCAGCUGUCGCCUAUGAUCAGUGGCCAAGAUGAAGACAUGAUGAGAUACAUGAUCAAUUUGGAGGUGGAGGAGCUUAAACACCCUAGAGCAGGCUGCAAAUUCAGAUUCAUCUUUCAGAGCAACCCGUACUUCCGAAAUGAGGGGCUCGUCAAAGAAUAUGAACGCAGAUCCUCUGGCCGGGUGGUGUCUCUUUCCACUCCAAUCCGCUGGCACCGGGGCCAAGACCCCCAGUCCCAUAUCCACAGGAACCGGGAAGGAAACACCAUCCCCAGUUUCUUCAACUGGUUCUCAGACCACAGCCUCCUAGAAUUUGACAAAAUUGCUGAAAUAAUCAAAGCAGAAUUGUGGCCCAAUCCCCUACAAUAUUACCUGAUGGGUGAAGGACCCCGCAGAGGAAUUCGAGACCCAGCAAGGCAGCCAGUGGAGAACCCCAGAUCCUUCAGAUUCCAGUCAGGUUAAUUCCUGACCCAUGAGAAGCUCCUGCACAAGUUUCUUUACCACCUACUCUUGGAUUCUAUGCUUAGCCAACAGCAUGCAAUCUUCCAUCUGCAUUCUGUUCACAUUGGAUUAUUUUGUUCUUUGGUUCUUCUAAAUCUUCAGUUAGUUGCAAGAUUGUUGCUUAUACGCCUAUGCUCUUCUUCUGGGCCUUGGUGCUGUACUACAAAGUUUUAAGUGUUCCAGGUGCAUGGCCUUCCGCUGCUUCUGUGCCAAGCACAGUGCUGUAGAUAGGCACUGACUUUCUUUGCAUGCCUUGGGCCCUGUCUAUGACUAUGGUCUUUUCCCAGUUUUUUAAGUGGUUAUCUACUGCAAGGAAGCUUGAUAAACAUCUUUGCAAAUAACUACCUGGGCUUUAUACUUUAUGCCGGCUGUGCUUCUGAUACCAUGUAGUCUAUGGCGAGCUCUUUGAGUUUCACUACUGUAAGAUGAAGCUGACAUAGAUGAUUCCAGCCAUCAACCCAAACAACCCAAACUGGACAUUCCAGGCUACCACUGACUUAUUCCCAGCUGCCUUCCUGGGCCCGUGCCAUCCAGCCUGCUGGUUAUCUGGCAGAAAAAGAAGGUGGCUGGUGGGUGGCUACUAGGCAUGAAUGAGGUAACAGAUGAGAUGUUAUGUUGAUCUUAUGCCUUUGGUCACUCUGCAUCGUGACCAGGUACCGGUGAGUAUGAAAGCCUAUGCUGUGGCCCACGUAAACCUGUUUUCAGCCUUUCGGAUGAGCUUUGCACACUCACCAUUGCCUGCCUCCUCAGGAACUAUCUGUGGAAUUACCCUCAGGCAGCACACAGCAAACUCACGCUCCCCAAACAGUUACCUGUAAACCCAAUUUGCCGUUGGGAAGAUUGGGCAGUCAUAUGUGACAGUGCCCAAAGCAAGCCUGGAACUGGGGUUCCCUUCCAACAGUUAGCUUUUCUGAGUCCUAAACAGCAGACCACCCUUAAUCUAGGCAUUUUUGUUAGGCAUCCCCUUCCUUACCCCUCCGGCACUCCCUCUGAACAUGACGAAGUUGCCAGGUUGGGGCACCAAGUAAGAUGUAUUUCUGGUCUUUCUCCAUGUCCCUCUCCUCCUCCUCCCUCCCUCCCUCCUGUCUCCUUUCCCUCUUCCUUUUCCCCCACCUCUGAAGCAGUUACAGCUCAAAGAAACAAACAAAAUUGGCGAAGCAGUCUUUUUGUUUAAUUUGCUCUCCUCUUGAUUGUGUUCAGAGGAAGCUACUGUACAAUGGAUUCUAGAUGUCAUUGCCCUCUCUGCCCUCAUGCCUCCACCCCACUUUCUUUAGCAAGGACUAAAUAUUUCAAAGGGAGACCUGUAGGUAAAUUGCUUAGUUAUGGGCAGUGUUCUUUUAGGCCAACUUUUACAACCCCACCCAUUACCCCUGUCCAUUUACCAAAACCUCCUGUGUGUAACUUGAGCUUUAGUUUGAGAAGCUGGGAGGAGAGAUAGAAGGCUUUAUAAUGAUGGGGUCAAGAGAGACCCAGAUCAGGUUGUGCUGUAAAGCAACCAAAACUUAAGUUUGAUUCCACUUUUCUAAAGAUGGAAAUUUUGCGGGGCCUUAGACCACUUAGAAAUAAUACCAAGGCAGCAUUUUGUGGGUCACCCCGGUCUUCCAUACUAUUUUAUUACAUCCCUGAUGACCCAAGAGCUUGCAUCCUUCUGCCUGGCCUUAGCUCUCAGUCCUCAGCUUUCCCAUUUCUUUCCCUGCUUUUAUCCUAACAAAAGAGGGAACAGGCUGCAGUCUGCAUUGUGGCAGAUGCCAAGCCUCUCUCCUAGAGGAUAAGAUGUGUAGAGUCUGUCUGGAUUUUCAAACCAAGUUCUAGUAGGUGGGGCAGCAGUGUGCCAGGGCUGUCUUACUUAUGGAGGGUAUGGUGGUGGUGGUGGUGACAUUCACCCUUAUCCUUCCUCCUUUCCUUCUGAAGCCCUUUGUCAUAAGCUCCCCAAGGGCUUGGCGGGUAUAGACACAGAGGAGUGGAGAGGGUGCUCUAGGCUGGAGAAUCUGAAAGUCCAGAAACAAAUGAGCCUGCUGUGGAGUGGGCUUAGAAAGGCAGUCAGGGAAGACUGGAAUUUUGCAGAGUCAGGGGUAGGAGGGGAGGCCCUGAGGCUCCUCCCAGGACAGGUGGGAGAAUCAAGUGGUUGAUGUUUAAAGAGGAUGCCUGGAGAAUUUUCCUCCAAUUUUUCCUAUAUCCCCGAGUUCACCAGUAGAUUUUUAUACAUGAAAAUGCAAGUCUAGAUGUUUUCUUUCAAUUAUUCCAGGAGUGACCUAUAUGUGGAAGAUUAAUGGUUUAUGCUUCUUAUUUCACUGUGAGUAAAAUCCUAUUCUUUCAUUUUUGCGUGCUGGCAAAAUUGACAUUUACAGGUCUGUUUUUGCUUGUAAUUGAGAACAUGUGCAAAAUAUCAAACUUGUUUCCUGUGCAGUAUGAAGAUGUCUGUGAAUAUUCAUUAAUAUCAGCUUGUUCUGAUCUCUUCAUAUAUACUCUAUUCUUAGAAAUAUUUGACUGUGAUCUUUGAAGAGUCUGAAAUUUUGCAAAUUGUCACUGUCUUGUGAAAGUAAUCUCAAGAAGAAAAGCAUAACUGUGUCUUACUUGAUAUUUCUUGCCCUAGUAGUAAUGUGGUGCUUGAUAUUUUAUGUUCCUAACUAGUGUUAACUACUUGUAGAAUUGCUCCUAAUACUAAACAAAGAUCAUUAGUACUUUUGUCCUCUAUGUGCUCAAAGGAAAAAUAAAACCUGUCAUUCUGCUGUACUUCUUUUCACCAAAAAAUAAAAAUUGAUAAAGCUCUG